AUGACCGUGCUCCCGGCCCGCGCCAGGGAUGACGAGCCGGGCCCACUGAAGACCGAGAACCAGCUCGUCCAAGCGGUGGAGCUGCAGCCCGUGCACGACAGUGAAGUGCCUGUGAAAGCCAAGCGACUAUCAAGCGUCACGGUUGCCAGCAGUGAAGGCGAGGAAACUCGUCACCGCGAGGCACGGGGGUCCGUCCUUCAGUACGUCUCUAGCCACCCAGAGCUGUUGGCUUCGUCCAAGAACCACUUUCGACGAGCGGUGACUGUGGCAGUCCCAACUCAAGGGCUUCAGUUGAAGCAUGACACGGUCGAUCGAGAGGAAGAUCGGAGUAGUGAGAGCAGCGACAAGAUGGAUAGUCUGCGGCACAUGCGCUCCAAGAGCUGGACGGGGGACCCUCGUCGCGAUGCGGCGCUGGAAGCUAUUGAGCACCGUCAGGUGCGGUUUCGCUUCUCGACUGCGGCGUCGGCACGCGAGGUCGUGCGUGAAAUGCACUCGCACCGACUGCGGGAGUUUCCAGUGGAGUGUGUUGUAUCGGCAGAUAUGGAGAUGCAGGUGGGCUCGGUCUGGCGCAAGAUGCAGGUGGACGUGGACCACGAUGGUGUCAACUGCCAACGGGUGUCGCUGUUCCGGAAGAAAACAAAGGCGUUCCAGAUUGCAAAAGAUGAUUUGCUUGCAGCGACGCUUGCGUCGGAGAACAAGAAUUGGGUGAAGGUGCACUAUAUGCUGCCCGGGAAAGGCAAGGACUAUCGCCGACUCUUGCGUCGGUACCGGGUUGUGACAAUGCGCUUUGAGGAUGCUACGACAGCUGCGAAGUUGGUGGCUUCUGUGCAAUUGUUUGUACAGUGGAUGGCUCGCGUGCCGGAACAAGCGACGCGUCGUGUGAAAGUGGUGGUGAACCCGCACUCGGGCAAGCGGCGUGGACGCAAGAUCUGGGAGUAUUGGAAACCUCUGCUGGAACUCGCGGACAUCCAGUGUGACGUGGAGGAGACGGAGUACAGUGGACAUGCGCGCGAUAUUGGUGCAGCGUUUGAUUUGGACAUGAAGUACGAGGCGAUUGUGUUUGUUGGCGGUGACGGUACAGUGAACGAGUUUAUGAACGGUGUGUUUACGCGAGAGGAGAGUGUGUGGCGCGCUCUGGUUGCCACGACCCCGGUAUCGCUGAUCUGUGCCGGUACAGAUAAUGCCUUUGGUAAGGGCGUAGGUACCCCCACGCACGCCUCGUCCGUGUACUGCAUCAUUAAGCGCAAGAUUCGACCGCUGGAUGUGAUGACCUGCGAGGCCAGUAAUGAAGAUGGCACGACCCGUCUGGGGUUCGCGUGCACGGGUGUAAGCUAUGGGAUUGGCUCCGAUAUCGCCAUGGAAUCGGAAGCUACGCGAUGGCUUGGCGUGUACCGCUACUUCUACCUCAAGGUGAAGCGCGGCCUGAUUGCGCCACACAAGCACGAGGCCAAGAUCAGCUACGUCUUGUCGGACAACACACCGGUGAAUCCCGAAACAGGCGAGCAGAUUCUGCGCACGUACUACGAGAUCAAGGACGAUAUGGCAGUGGACCAGCAUUACGUGGAGCUCUGUAGUAUCUACGAUGACUCAGACCCGGCUGCUAAGCAGUGGACAGGCGAUGCCGAGUCCAUCUUCUGCCCUGCUAGUGAGAAAAAGUAUGCUGGUCAAUGGCAAAGCUUUACGUCGGACUUGACAUCUGCUGGUGGGUCCAACGUCUAUUUCGAAACGAAGUACGCUCAUCCGUCAGACGGGAAUAUCGACCUCAUCUAUUCACGCAAGGGCAACGUGGCGCAGACCGCCGAGAUCGCAGUGCGUUACCUGACCAACACAUUCCUGAACUCGGAACUAGUGGGCUACUACAAGGUGAAGGCGAUUGUGAUUGAACCGAUCACAGAGAAGGUACUGAAUGUGGACGGCGAAGUGUUUGCGGGAGCAGGCGCGUUCCGCGUGGAGGUGGCACCGCAGCUGCUGUGUGUGCUAUCGGAGAAGUAA